AUGGAGAAAGAAGACUUCAGAGAGAUCUCAUACGAGGAAGAGCUGCAAAGAGCCAAAUGGUUUAAGGAAGACCUUGAGAAAGGUAAGCGAAAGUGAUAGAAGAACAAAAUAAGGAAAAUCUGUCGAACAAAGAGUUUGAAAAAAAGCAAAACAAAAUUGAUUCGGCUUUCUUUAGGGCAGUCCACACUUGUGCGGGAACCAGUGCCUGGGUAACGGCAAAAAAUAGCCUGCGUAGCUGGCGGUAUUGUGUAGUAGUCGAGUGAGAUUUGGCGGCGGAGCCGUUGUAAUAUAGUCGAGUGAGAUUUGACGGCGGAGCCGUCACGAGCGACGAAGCGGCGAGAAUUUCAACCGCCUCGUCCCUACUCCCUUUUUUUGGAACACGGCUCCGCCGCCAAAACUUUAAUCUCGCACCCACACAAUACCGCCAGCUACGCAGGCUAGGCAAAAAAUAGUGUAGUGUUCGCACCUUGAGUACUCCAGCUACUCCAUUACACCCUGUUUAAGGCCAUUUUGAAACAUGAGCUUAGCAGUGUGUACAAAGCAGUGCAAGACUUCCCCAGAACUAACAAAAACGGUGUGCACACAGGGACCCGGUGUCCACUUUUGUGCCUAAGUUCUAGAGUGGGUACUUGACUGAAAAGGGCACCGUUCCCGAGCACCAAGUGAGAAAGGUGCCUUUGAUUUGCUUCUUGCACGCUAUAUCCUGCAUGUCGAUUGUACGUUUUUGUUAAGUAAAGGCAAGAAAAAUACAGAACGAUUCUUCGCCGGGAAACAAGAAGCACGUUGAAAACAAAAGUGGAGAACAGUGUUCAUAAAAAUAGCAGAAGAAUUUCGAAGCAGACUUCUGUAGAGUAGAGGCCCGGAAAUGAUCUACAUCCCUAAAAUGAUCACCGAAAUCGACCCGCAAAUAACCCUCACACCGAGGUGUUUCCUGUUUUUUCCGUGCUGCCCCUAAAAUGAUUCCCAAGUAAUUCUUGAAAUAAAAACUGAAAUCGGAGAAUUGAAAGGUGCAAAAUAAACGAAAUCAGUAAUUUAAAGUUUCGAGAUCCUUUCCACUUAUCUUACAUGGACAUCUUCAAUUACAUUUCCAAGAUUUUAAAAAAUGUUAGACGCGUAAAUCAAAUGUAUUAUUCAUGACUAUGAAAUGAUGAAUCAAAUUGGAACAAAAUAAAACUUAAAAUAGCACUUAGGGGAUAAAACUAACACUAACUGGAGAGGAAAAAACGUAAAGCAAGAACUCUGCCCAUAAAAUACAGGAAACCAACUCGGUACUGACGUUUUCCACUCUUUUUCCUUGAUACGUGUAUCACAAAGGUGGCAUUCCUCGCUGUAAUAAGCUGUAAAAAUGUCGUCGUCAUCCGGUCGCGAAACAGGACAGCAUAUUGACUCCCCUUUUAAAAGGAUACUACAUACGAGUUACGGGAGCCAAUCAAAACGCGCGAAAAUUAAAAUUGCUAUCUACUGAUUGUCUUCUGUUCUCCUCAUCCAAGGCGGGAUAAUGCGUGCGCAGGAGAUGGAUACCGAUAUCAUACUAGUGAUUUGGGAAUGGGGUUACCUGAGUCAUACCUUAGACACGGGAAUACCCAAAUCAGUCUGACAGUGCUCUGAUUGGCAGAGAGGUGUGUGCGCGUGUACGUUGUGACGUCAAGAUCUUUAGCUAUCUUUUGCAGUCCGCAGCUAGUAUUCACGCAAUCACGAUUUAAAAAAGCUAAAAAAGGAAACGCUUUGAGCUAAAAACUUGACUUUCCUCACCUUCAAUAAAAAUCCAUAGUUUGCUAAAUCCUUUCUCUAAAACAUAAUGGUAAGAAUAAAGGUUAAUCGUUUUUACACUAAACGUAUUUUUUUUUCUUGAAGGUGGAUGGAGUGAAGGUCUCCACACCCCAGGAGUCUCUAAGUUCUGGUUCAAAACAUUCCCAGAUAUGGAAGUGCCGAUAAAAGCCCUCUUCACGAUGGAAAUUCCGGUGCCAGCAGAGAAAGUGGUAGAAAUCCUUGCCCCUGCCAAUGUGAAGUACCAAAAAGAAUGGAAUGCAGCUUUCCCGGUUAACGAACUCGUUGAAAACUAUAUCGAACAAGAAGGAGGUGGAAGCUUAUUCUACUCCGUAGUCGAGCUUUCCUGGCCUCUUACUAAUCGAGCCUACCUCGUUUUCAUUCCACCCAGUAAAGAAGUUGAUUGGUAUGGCAAAAAAGCGUUCCUUCUGCUUCAGAAAAAUGCGUGGCACCAUUCAAAACCUCCAGGCGCUGACGGAUUUGUCAGGUAAUAAUAAUAAUAAUUCAUGAACUUAUUGUGCUUAUUGUGCGCAGCUUAACAUGAGAAUGAUCAGCUACGCAUUAUAAAUGCUUUACUUUACAAGAAACAAAUAAAAAAGAUAAUGCAUUAAAAAAAAAACAAUAAAAAGAAUAUAUAUGCAUGCAAGUAAGAACUGAAUAUAAAAUUGCUCACCAAUAUAAGGUUCUAAAAAUAUAAGUCUUAAUAUGCGCCUUAAAACUGUUCACAUUAGUAAUCGCACGAAGUUCUUUUGGAACAGAGUUCAAGAGCGUUGGUGCUGCUACCAUAAAAGCUCUAUCACCUAACGUCUUCAAUCGAACAGCUGGCAUAGAAAGUAAAAUACUACCUGAAGAUCUAAGGUUAUAUAAGGACUAUUCAAAUGUUAGUAAAUCGCACAAAUAUUUAAGAGCAAGGCCGUGAAUUGCUUUGAACGUAAUAAGCAGUAUCUUAAAUUGUAUCCGGGCUUUAACGGGAAGCCAAUGCAGACCACGAAGAAGAGUAGACACUUAUUUUUGUCACAGACAAAAGUGAUUUACAGCGAGGAAAACACGAGCACAUAUGGGUAAAAGCCUCUCGCGUGACCCAUCUCUUCAUGCUGGAAAAGAUUUUAAUCACGUUCGACUGAGAUCGGUUUAAAUCGGCGCUUAGUCUCUGACGAAAAGAGGCAGGAAUGCUUACGUAGUUGUAUUUGCGAAACAUGAAGUAGAAAGUUACUCUCUAAGACCGGAAAAUAGUUUGCCUCAUAUCAGUACCUCUGGUACCUUUCGUUAGCUUGGUUGGUAAGGACGGCCGAUUUAUGAAGUGCAUGAUUGAGUUGUAUUCAGUCGCCGGUGUGGUGUGCAUUCUCUUGUAUGGGACCCAUUCUUAGAAAACAAUUAGAACGGAAUUAGAUCUUUAAUUUUUGAGCUCAAAUGUUUAACGUUCUGAGAAGACGCUGAACUCUUUCUAAAGCAUGCUUGAAGAUUUACCGUCUCACUAUGGAAAAGUUGCAUAACGCAGUUUAGAGUGGAUCUCGCAGUACGGGCGAUCUUCCAGAGCAAAAUCAUGAAAUCAAAAGAUACGUGUUGCAAGCUUUUUCAGAAGCAGCACCAAUAACCAUCAGCAACAAAUAUAAUCAGAAAUAAAAGUUACCAAGACAGAAAACACGACAGCCAGGUAGACCAAUUUUGAUAGAUUGAAAUUCAAACUUGGCAACUCGGCUUAGGAGAUCGAACAAAACAAAACAAUUGCUUUAUUCAUUGCCGAAGUCAAGAUUGAUUCUUUUGUCUUAUCUUCCUUAGCCUUGAAGUCAAUUUUGAAUUUUAGUGCAUCAAAAUUGGUUUAAAAACGCAAGUGAAGUUUCGGUUUUGCACAAUCACUGGUCAACAACGUUUAACUCAAUCUCGUUUUGAGUCGGGUAAAUUGUUACACCGAGAAUACAGUAUUGAAGUUGCCUGAUAAGUGUGGUCCUACAAUUUCGGACCAUGCCAAACAGCACUGUCGCAAUAAACGAUCGAUAAUUACUCCUGAAGCCUGAACUCCUGUGAUUAUUAAUAGUCGAUGCUCUUAAAUUAAAUGAAUUGAGCAACCUCGUCCCCAGGGCUUUUCCCUUAAAAAUUUUGUAAUGGAAAAGCCCUGGGAACGAGGUUGUGAAUUGAGCGCUCUACGAAAUACGUUCUACCCAGAAUCAAGAGAGAAUGAUCUAGCUCAUUCUGUCUUGCCAGAAUACAAGUAUUAUUUAUUGCCAUAUAUCACAAUAACUUUAUGCCAAGAUUAUUUAGUCAAUCAUUAGGCCAUUUUCAGAACGAGGCUAAGUGCAAAACCUUUCUUGUGAAAAUGAAUUUGAUUUGCAUGAGAAUGAAAAGUCAUCUCUUCACUGAGCCUCGCUUUGAAACAGAGGCUUAAGGAAACUAGGAAAAGGCCUGUUGCGUGCAAAUCAAACUGGUGGGCAAUCUUUUAUUGAAACUAAUAUUCAGGUUUGGUUUGUCGUGCCCUUCAUCAUUGGAGAGAUGGAGGGGAUCAAUGGCCUUCGUUCGAUAUAUCAAAAUUCUAACAUGACUCCGAGGCUUUAGGGUCAAAAUUGCAAAUUUUUCACGACUCCAUUGUCUCGCAAUUCCCAGAAGAGACUCAGACUCGUACCCAGUCGCUAUUUAAGUGUUUUUUGGGGUGAGAGAAGAUUGGGGAUUUGGUUGAGGCGCGCGGGGUCUCAUGGGAAGGGAGGAAGGAAACCCCGCAUGUUAACCCCGCAUGCGCCUUGACCUACUCCCCAAUCUUCUCUCACCCCAAAAAACACUUAAAUAGCGACUGGGUACGAGUCUGGAAGAGACUUGAGCACAAGGAAAACUAAACCAAAUAUAGAAGAAUGAACAGAAAGCCUGGGAGUCAUGUUAGAAUUUUAAUAUUUCUAACGUGGGCUAUUAAGACAAUCCAAAGUUUAAAAAAACUGCUCCAACCUAGCAGUUUUAGCUUAACUUAUUUGUUUUGUUUGUUUGAUUUUUAACUCAUAGGGCAACAAAUGGAGGAAACUUCUCUUUGAUCAUCCCUGACGAGGAAAAUCCAUCUGGUGCAUGCAAGAUGUUCAUGUUGCGAAAUAAUAAUUAUAAUGGUUGCUUACCCAAUAAGGGAAUCCAGUUCCUCAUAGCAAAAACCCUUCCUUCUAAAUUUAAUCUCUGGAGAGAAGGGAUUAUUGAUGCCUACAAAAGGUUCUUUGGUGAUUAG